AUGAGAGACAUUAAGCUUGCAGGUUGUAAGAUGCAUCAAAAUAAAAAAUGCGAACUAUACUGCAAAAAUUGUAAAACUUCAAUUUGUAGCAAAUGCGUAGCAUCAAACAAUCACUCUAACCACAUAUUCGAGGAAAUUUCUGUUAUCUGCGAUAAACUUAAAUCACGCCUUAGGAAAGAGAACCAAGAAUACCAGCGCUACAUUACUCCAACAUAUGAUAAGAUAAUAUCAAACCUUCAGUCAUCAUUAGAUACUCAAAAGAUAAGUUACAAGAAGCUGAGGGAAGAUGUUGAAAAGCAAAGACAAAGACUUCACUCGGAGGUAGAUAGGUCAAUACAAACACUCCUCCACUCUGCGGAUGUAAUGGAAAAUGGAGACAUGACUGUCCUGUCUAGGUCUCUUUCUGAAAUGCAAAAUCGACGCUCUGACAUUCAGCUGGCUAUAAAAGAGAACCAAAAGUUGGAGAGUGAUUACGAUGCUGCCAGCCUAAUGGAGUAUUCGUCAAAGAUGUCUGAAUACCUGCGUAUUCCAUCUUUAACAGAGGUGACUACACCCAGUUUUAUCCCGAAGGAGGUAAAAAGUGAUGUUCUUGCUAACAUGUGCGGAACCUUGAUUCCAAGCACGAAAACGAAAAGGGAGAGCGACUUGAUAGAAAUUUUAAAGGAAGAGGCGGGGGAGGGUCAGUGA